AAGUUAUAUAGGUCCAUUAUAUAGGUAACAUAUAACAUAAAUAAUAGGAUAACAAAGGGCCACCAGGGCCCAUCUAGGUUAUCCUGUAGGUAGUGCAUUUCUUGAUAUCGAACUAUUCCUUUCCUGACAGGAGAUGAUAUCUGAGCCAGCUUAAUCUUCAUAUACACUUUCCAAAAUUCCAUCAUUAAAAAAAAUAAAUCAUAAAAAAAGUAAAGGUUUGAGGGACUGUUGUGAAGGCAAACGCUAGGCUGGGAAGGGGACGCUAAUACGUGCUCAUCACAACAAGUCAACAAUACACGCACGCAUACUGAAGUGGUGGCGCAACCCCCAAGAAGCAUAAACAGCGCCACUCUGCUGCGUAGACAUGAAUUCCGCUAGUAAAGUUGGUGAGAUCUUCCUGGCAGCAGGUACAGCCUUCAACAAACUAGCAGAACUCACCAUGCAGCUUCAUCCCACAGCUGAACAGUCACCUGCAGGCACAAAAUGGACUGAUGAAGAAAUAGAAAUGCUGCGCUCUUCUGUGAAGAGGUUUGGUGAUGAUCUAAAUAUUAUCAGUCAGAGGAUAAAAUCUCGCACUGUCACACAGAUACGAUCAGCACUGAAAAAGAAGGCUUUUGAGGAUGCAGGCAUCUCUCCACAGACUGCUGUUGCAUUACAAGCUCAACAAAAUACAGCAGCUCAAGCUGGAGCCAGCAGUGGUGGAGGUAGUAUGUUAGGAGGACGUGAUGUAACUCUCAACAUGCUUAAUGCUUCAGAAUCUGAAGUAGAUGUAGAAGGAAUGGGUGGAGUUGGUAUGGAUUUUGAAGGAGCAAAUGAAGUUGUCACUUCUUAAAAUCAAGUAAUUUUAAUGUAGCUAUAAAUAUGUUACUUUUAGGGUGAUAAAAUGCAUUGUUUUAUAUACCAUGGUAAGAAUAAAAAAAAUUGCCUUUAUAUCAUGACCAUUUUGGAAAGCUGAGUUUGAUUAAACCUUUAAUUUAAAGAAUUUGUAAAUCCAAAGAUAUUCCCUUGAAUAU